GUUUCCAAGAUGGCGGCCUCCAUUAGACUUGCCGGUUCCCGUAGCUGUGCUUUAAAGUCAAUGUUGUCAUCAUUGCAAUUCAACAAACCAAUUCAAAGAUGGUGCAUCAAAAGGGGACUUUCAAGAAGCAGUUGCUUGGCAGGAGUAGAAGGAACGAAGCUGUUGAUGCCUGCACUGUCGCCUACCAUGGAGGAAGGAACAAUCCUCAAAUGGCUCAAACAAGAAGGUGAUGCAAUUGCUGCUGGUGACGCGUUGUGUGAGAUCGAGACAGAUAAAGCAACACUCACAUUGGAUGCUGAUGAUGAUGGAAUUCUUGCUAAGAUACUGGUACCGGAGGGCACUUCAGGUGUCAAAAUCAGCUCAAUGAUAGCUCUUCUAGUUGCAGAGGGGGAAGACCACACAGCUGUUGAAAUGCCAGGGGAGACUGAAACACCCAAGCAGGCAGAAACGGUUGCUGAUGGGCCGAUAGAGGGGGUGUCAGAAACAACUCAAUUUUCAAGCAUGAGACAUUCAGUUGGAAAGGAUGGAGGUGUCUUGUCACCUGCAGUAAGGCAGCUGUUAGACAGACAUCAUCUUUCUGCCGAUGACAUACCGACCUCUGGACCUCAUGGAAGACUACUCAAAGGUGACGUAUUGAAGUUCAUCCAGGAGGGAGGGGCAAAGACAGCGCCCUCUAUAGACACAACCAAGCCAACCCCAGUACAAGAACCAGUACCCGUCUCUAAGCCAAAGGUUAUGCCAUUACCCACCAAUUACCAACAACAGGAAACUUACACAGACAUCGACCUGUCUAGCAUCAGGAAAGUCAUAGCCAAGAGGUUGACCGAGUCUAAGAGAACUAUUCCACACAGCUAUGCCAGCGCUGAGUGCAACAUUGACAAGAUUAUGAGUCUAAGGAAAGAUCUUAAGAAGGACGGAGUUAAAGUCUCUGUUAAUGACUUCAUCAUCAAAGCAGCUGCCGUAGCUCUUAAGGAAAUGCCCGAUGUAAAUGCUUCCUGGUCUGGAACGGAAGCUAAGAAGUUAUCAGAUAUUGAUAUAUCAGUUGCCGUGGCAACAGAUAAAGGUCUGAUCACGCCCAUCGUUAAGAACGCUAUCGGCAAAGGAUUGGUUGAAAUCUCAGCGAAUGUGAAGGAUCUAGCAGCUAGAGCGAGAGAGGGCAAACUACAACUCAACGAGUUUCAAGGAGGCUCCUUCAGUAUAUCCAAUCUGGGCAUGUUUGGGAUCAGCGAAUUCAGCGCCGUCAUAAACCCACCGCAAGCCUGCAUCCUCGCUAUUGGUUCAGCUCGUAUGACCCUCAACCAAUCAAUGAAGCCACAGGCUAUGACAACAGUCAUGCUCUCUAGCGACGGGCGGGUCGUCAAUGACGCACUCGCUGCAACGUUUCUUCAAUCCUUUAAGAAAAAUAUGGAAAACCCACUUAGACUGGGUAUCUUAUGAUUUAAAAGAAUGUACUGCAAUAGAAUAAAUCUGUAUUAUAGAGAAGUAACUUUAAAAAGUGUUGGUUUCAGGGGUCAAUUUCACAAAGAGUUAUGACUAGUCCUAACUUGGACUAGUCCUUGGUCCUAACUUAGGACUAGUC